UGAUUAAUAAUUUGUUAAUUAUUCUUCACAGUAAUAAUCCAUUAUAAAUUCAAUCCAAAAUUUUAGCAGGAAACCUUUCCAACACAUUGUCCAAUCCGAUUCGGAUUAUCCUGAAUUGCGUGCAAAUUGAUUUUGACAUGAACUACCAGUUUAUGAGCCUGAAGGGAAAUUCCCGCGCUCUAAACUCACAAUAUAUAUCGGGGCAGCAAAUCGUGAAGGCAAAUUGCUCCAAACAGCUCAAAGGCGCGACUUGCGGAUCACUCCACAAACACCAGGUACUUGACACUGCUUUCUUUUUUUCUAACAGCGAUGAUGUUCAUGAAACAUGAGAUUUCACUAUUUUCUACAUUUUUUUUUUAUCACUAUCCUUUAUUACAGGACAUUUAUCUACAGUUUGAUUGCAUGUGGGGUUGAUGGUUUAACUGACUACUUGCGUUAUUUCCUUUAGGUUUAAUUUCACGGACAACAUGGAAUUCGAAGGAAAUUGCAACGCUUUGAAAAAGAAAGGAACAGAGAACAAAAUGGACCUAUGCUGUGACCCCAAUGGAGAGCUACAGUCAGAGGUUGCUCAGCACCCUCAGAGUAUGCGCCAUGUUGCCAACCUCAUCAUUGCCCUGCAGAGAAUGAAGAACAGCCACACAGCAAUAGGCACAGAGUUCAGCGACCAUGAGCUGCUCAACAUCUUGAUGGAGAAUGUGGUGGAAGAGCGUUCGAUGCGAAGGGUAAACGAGGACACAGAGAGUCGGGUCACCACAUACAUCAGUACCUCACAGGAGAAGUACGAUGUGCGUGACCAGUUCCAGAAGAGCUGGGUGCUGAUCAAGGAGGCACGAGAGCUGCAGGCCAUGACCCUACAGGGCGGGAGCGUGCAUCACAAAGUACAAUUGAACCUUUCUACAUACGUGGCCCCCGGCACCAAUAACAGUCACGGCCGACCUGUUGCCUUGGGGAUCGUCGGCACUGAUCUGUACCUGUCAUGUUCUGUGUCAUCAGACAAAGCCAUUUUGCAGUUGGAGGAGGUCAAAGACAAAGAUGCACUGAAAACCAUUAGUGGACAGGGAGACAUGGUGCGUUUUUUGUUCCUGAAAGGAGACAGUGGCCUCUCCAUGAACAGCUUCGAGUCUGCUAGAAUCCCAGGAUGGUUCAUCAGCACAGCUAAGGAGGACAAGAAGCCAGUAGAGAUGUGCUCAGCAGGGGACUCUAACCGUAUCACCUACUUCAAGGUCAAUAACGUAUCUGACCAGUAAGAGCUACAAUUGGCCCUUCCUCAUUAAGUAAGGCCUGACCAUUCUUUGAGUGUAUGUACCAAGUACAGCCUGUGAUGUGUAAUUUAUUUAUGUUUAUUUAUUAUUUAAGUUAUUUAUAUUAUUUAUUGAAUGCAUUCAGUGUAUUAUUGAUAAAUAACCAAGAACAGGUAUAACAGAAUGUACAAUGAGAACAUCCUGUGUACUUGAAUGUGAGGCAAUGUCCAUAGUAAAUUCUUGUAUACUUCAUUCAUCAGUUGGAUUCAUUUACUUUGUUGACUGCUGAUAAAUACUUUGUAUGCAACAUGCAGUUGUGACAUGAUGACAACCGGCAAUGGGAGUUGAAAAGAACUCCGGUCAAUUGUGCAACUAAUCUUAUUUUGGCAAGAACAUCAGUUCUGUAUUAUGAAAGUGAGUGACAACCACUGAGUUCAAGAAAGGCUCCCCAUGAA